AUGGAUUCUCAACUCAACCGUGCAUCGGGAAAGUCAGCGAAGCUCCAAAAAGCAGAGGAUACUGCAAGUAGCUUCACCGUCGGCAAACCUUUACAACUGAAGCAGACUAAAGCCAGUCAGAACGGAGAGAUUGAGGAGCGCAUGGACGAUGUGCUAAGCUGGACUAAAACGAACCGGAAGUCUGCUGCGUGGUCGGACAACUCCAGCUAUUUAGAAAGUGACGACAGCUGCGACAGCAGCCGCUUGCAGAUCGUUUGGAACGGUGACAACCAAGAAACUCAGUCGAACCACAGCGAAGGAUCAGAAUCUAGCGGCUCCAACUCAACCAACAACGACACCCGGUCGAUAUUGCACUUCAAGAACUCACUUCAAACCCAUCCUCUCAAACGGUACAACGCAGCCAUUACGUCCGCAGAGGCCAAAAUUUCGCUUAUUUACCACAAAAGCAUGGCACGCCAGUUCCCAACCAAGGAGCGUACCCCGGAACAGAUGGAAAUGCGUCGACGCAACACGGAAGCGGCACGUGUUAGCAGGGCCAAGAUGAAGAUGGCGGAGCUCCUGAUGCAGAAGGAAGCAAAUGAGCUGAGCACAACAAAUGCAACCCACAAGCAGAUGAUCGCAUCGCAGUUGGUAUAUGCGAAUGAGCUUUCUAAGCUGCUGGACAAUCAAUCGGUGGAACUGAAAUUUUUCGAGCGGGUAGGCCAACGAAAAGGGAACAGUGUUUAA